UCGUUACACCAUCUCGUGAAUAGCGCGUUUGGGUGUCUUUCAUAGCCGCCUGGCUUAGCAGUGUUUGAUCCUCUUAAUUUUAUGAGAAGCUAUAUAUUAAUUGUUUUUACGUAACGGAGAUUGUUUUGAUCUAUAGCUUUUUUCAUUAUUUAUACUGAAGUUGAAAGGAAAGCUUGGGAAAUAUGACAUCCGAAACCGAAGGUCCUUUGAAGGCUCUAUUUGAGAACAAAGUCGUGAACAAGACGAAGAAGGAUGACAAGCGUAUGUCUGUGGAAAGAAUCUAUCAGAAGAAGACUCAGCUGGAGCACAUUCUGCUCCGGCCAGAUACCUACAUUGGCUCGGUGGAGCCAGUCACUCAGCAAAUGUGGGUGUUUGAUGAAGACGUUGGAAUGAACUGCCGAGACGUGAGCUUUGUUCCUGGUCUUUACAAGAUUUUUGAUGAAAUCCUUGUUAAUGCGGCAGACAACAAGCAGCGAGACAAAAGCAUGUCCUGCAUCAAAGUUAACAUUGACCCCGAGAACAACGCCAUCAGUGUGUGGAACAACGGGAAGGGAAUUCCUGUGGUGGAGCACAAGGUGGAGAAGGUGUAUGUUCCUGCUUUGAUCUUUGGGCAGCUGCUCACAUCAAGCAACUAUGAUGAUGACCAAAAGAAAGUUACUGGUGGGCGUAAUGGGUAUGGUGCGAAGCUAUGCAACAUUUUCAGCACCAAAUUCACUGUAGAGACAGCCUGCCGGGACUCCAAGAAGUCUUUCAAGCAGACUUGGUAUGACAACAUGGGGCGUGCUGGUGAGACAAAGAUCAAACCGUUUGAUGGUGAGGAGUUCACCUGCAUCUCCUUCCAGCCAGACCUAUCGAAAUUCAAAAUGCAGAUACUGGACAAGGACACAGUGGCCCUUAUGACUCGCAGGGCCUAUGAUGUUGCUGGCGCUACAAAAGGAGUCAAAGUCUUCCUGAAUGGCAAGAAGCUGCCUGUCAGUGGUUUCCGUAGCUAUGUGGACCUGUACCUGAAAAACAAGGUGGACGAACUGGGGUCCCCAUUGACGGUGGUGCAUGAGAUGGUGAACGAGCGCUGGGAUGUGUGCCUGACAAUGAGUGAAAAGGGCUUCCAGCAAGUCAGCUUCGUUAACAGUAUCGCUACAACCAAGGGUGGGCGACAUAUUGACUAUGUAGUGGACCAAGUUGUGACCAAGCUUAUUGAUGUAGUGAAGAAAAAGAACAAGGCUGGUGUGACUGUAAAGCCUUUCCAGGUGAAAAACCACAUUUGGCUCUUUGUCAACUGCCUGAUUGAAAAUCCCACCUUUGACUCCCAGACCAAAGAGAACAUGACUCUGCAGCAGAAGACCUUUGGUUCCACCUGCCCGCUCAGUGAAAAGUUCAUCAAGAGUGCUACCAACUGCGGGAUUGUGGAGAGCAUCAUGAAUUGGGUCAAGUUCAAGGCCCAAACGCAAUUAAACAAGAAAUGCUCAGCUGUCAAACACAGUAAGAUAAAGGGUGUACCCAAGCUGGAUGAUGCCAACGAUGCAGGCGGUAAAAACUCGAGCGGCUGCACCUUGAUCCUCACGGAGGGAGACUCGGCCAAAACACUGGCUGUGUCUGGGCUGAGUGUAGUGGGGCGUGAUCGCUAUGGAGUGUUUCCUCUGCGUGGUAAAAUGCUCAAUGUGCGGGAGGCCUCUCACAAGCAGAUCAUGGAGAAUGCUGAGAUCAACAAUAUCAUCAAGAUCUUGGGUCUUCAAUACAGGAAGAACUACAGUGACCCAGAAUCCCUUAAAACCCUGCGUUACGGCAGGCUUAUGAUCAUGACAGAUCAGGAUCAGGAUGGCUCUCAUAUCAAAGGACUCCUCAUUAACUUCAUCCAUCAUAAUUGGCCCUCCCUGCUGCGUCACAACUUCUUGGAGGAGUUCAUCACACCCAUUAUCAAGGUGUCUAAUAAGAAGGAGGAGUUGUCCUUUUACAGUAUACCAGAGUUCACAGAGUGGAAAGAAAACCAUCCCAACUUCAAGUCCUGGAAAAUCAAGUACUACAAAGGUCUGGGUACCAGCACUUCAAAGGAAGCGAAGGAGUACUUCUCUGACAUGGAGAGACAUCGCGUUCCUUUUAAAUAUUCUGGGCCCGCUGAUGAUGAGGCAAUCACCCUGGCCUUUAGUAAGAAGAUGAUUGAGCAGCGCAAAGAGUGGCUGACCAAUUUUAUGGUCGACAGGCGUCAGAGACGGGAGCACAACCUACCAGAGGACUAUCUGUAUGGUCAGGCCACUAAGUUCCUCUCAUACAAUGACUUUGUCAACAAAGAACUUGUGUUGUUCUCAAACUCUGACAAUGAGAGAUCUAUCCCGUGUCUGGUCGAUGGUCUGAAACCUGGCCAAAGAAAGGUGCUGUUCUGCUGCUUGAAGAGGAAUGACAAGCGAGAGGUGAAGGUGGCCCAGCUUGCUGGUUCUGUGGCAGAAAUGUCUGCCUACCAUCAUGGAGAGAUGUCUCUCAUGAUGACCAUUAUUGGCCUGGCACAGAAUUUUGCUGGCAGCAACAACCUCAAUCUCCUGCAACCUCUGGGUCAGUUUGGCACCAGACUGCAUGGUGGCAAAGAUUCUGCCAGCCCUCGAUACAUUUUCACCAUGCUCAGUCCAUUAGCACGUCUGCUGUUCCCUGCUGUGGAUGACAACCUGCUGAAGUACAACUAUGAUGACAAUCUGCGUGUUGAGCCUGAGUGGUACAUUCCCAUUCUGCCCAUGAUAUUGGUCAAUGGUGCUGAGGGAAUCGGCACAGGCUGGUCCAGCCGUAUUCCCAACUAUGAUGUGCGUGAGAUUGUCAGUAACAUCCACCGCAUGCUGAACGGAGAAGAUCCUCUUCCCAUGCUUCCAAAUUACAAGGACUUCAAAGGAACCAUUGAGGAGGUGAUGAUCAACCAGUAUAUGAUCAGUGGAGAGGUGGCUAUUAUUGACUCCACAACGAUUGAGAUCUCAGAGCUGCCAGUGAAGACCUGGACACAGGCAUACAAGGAAAAUGUUCUUGAGGUGAUGCUGAAUGGUACAGAGAAGGUCCCAGCCCUAAUCACUGAUUACAAGGAAUACCACACGGACACUACAGUGCGCUUUGUGGUCAAGAUGACUGAGCAAAGACUGCUGGAGGCUGAAGCCGCCGGCCUGCAUAAAGUCUUCAAGCUGCAGACCCCCAUGACCUGCCACUCCAUGGUGCUCUUUGACCAUGUGAGCGGUUUGAAGAAGUAUGAGACUGUCCAGGACAUCUUGAAGGACUUCUUUGAGCUGCGCCUGAAGUACUACGUACUGCGUAAGGACUGGCUGGUUGGGAUGCUGGAAGCUGAAGGCUGUAAGUUCAGCAAUCAGGCCCGCUUCAUCCUGGAGAAGAUCCAGGGCACGCUUGUCAUUGAGAACAAGCCCAAGAAGGAACUUAUCCGCAUGCUCCAGGAGAUGGGCUUUGAUUCUGACCCAGUUAAAUCCUGGAAACAAGCCCAGGAAAAGUCAUCAGAGGUGGAUGAGUCUUCAGAAGGUGAGGAAGAGAAGGAGCAAGACACAUCUGGCCCUGAUUACAAUUACCUGCUGAACAUGCCCAUGUGGUAUUUGACCAAGGAGAAGAAAGAAGAAUUGUGCAAACAGAGAGAUGCCAAGUUGACAGAGCUGAAUACCCUGAAAAGGAAAAGCCCUUCAGACUUGUGGAAAGAGGACCUGGCCACCUUCACAGAGGAACUGGAUCGCGUGGAAGCGUCGGAGAAGGAGAACGCGGCCUUGCCAGUAAAGCAGGUGAAGGGCAAGACUGGUCGGGCAAAAGUGGUUAAAGUGAAAGAAGAAACCCUGCCCACCCCACAGGGGCGCCGCGUCAUCCCACGUGUGACUAGUGCCAUGAAGGCCGAUGCCACCAAGAAGGCUGAUGUGAAGAAGGGUGACAGCAAGAGGGGUCGGAAACCAAAGACCGGUGUGGUAAUGAAGAUGGAGUUUGGAGAGGAAGCUGUGGUGAAUAAUGAUACUGACAGUAGUGAGACCGACUUAGCAGUUCGGCUAGCCAAGAAAACCAAUAAAGCACCAGCUAAAGAGAAAGUAUCAAAGGCAGUCAAGCAGACCACCCUGCAAUUCAAACCAAUGACCAAGCAGAAGAAAAAUCCCUGGUCAGACAGUGACUCUGCUUCUGAGAUGGAGGCGUUGGAUGUGGCCCCCAGGCAGAAGAUGGAGCGCAAGACUAAAGCAAAUGUCAAGCUUAAUCUGUCAAGCAGUGAAGAUGACCAGGACAAGACUGCAGUGAGUGACUGCAGCGAUGACGAGUUUGUCCCGAGCCCGCAAGCUGCAGCUAAAAGCGAGCCGGACUCACCUCCAGCCCAAACUCGUCUGCCCACGAAAGUACCUGCAAAGAAGAUUCCAAAGAAGGCUGACAAAAUUCUAAUAUCCCUGUCUAGUGAUGAGGAAGGUGCACAUGUCUCCUCAAAACCUCCAGCUAAGUCUAAAGUUAAGAAGGAAGGAACCAAGAAGCUGCCCACAGCCAGCAAGAAGCAGCAGUCCGAUACCAAGCAGAUGUCCAUUUUCGAUGUUCUGACCAAGCCUAAAGCGGCAUCCAAAGGCACUUCAAAAGCGGCUCCCAAGAAACCUACCGUUGCGAACUCCGGUGAUUCUGAGAGCAGUAGCCUUCCUGCCAAGCAGGAGCCUGCUGCCAAGUCACAGGCCAACCGCAAGAGAAAGCCAGCUGUAGACAGUGAGGACUCUGACAGCUCUGAUAACCUCAGAUCCCGCAUCAAACACAAAGUGACUGCAGCCAAGAAAACCAAAAAGUGGGAGGAUGACAGCUUCCUGCUGUCUGACAGUGAGGAAGAGGUUGAAGUAGCGCCCCGCAGUAAAACCAGCCGCAGCAAGAAAACUGUAAACUACAUCAUUGACUCUAACUCGGAUGAGGACUUCUGAGUCACACUCUAUUGCACCAGACUAUUGGACUUCUGGAGAGUUUUCAUAGUACGUCUGGUCUGGGUUGCAGUGAGUUUGGUUUGUUUGUUAUAACCAUUUUCAGGACCUCUGAUUAGUUUGCCACUGGCUCUUCUUCGAAUGGCUUGAUGGCAGCUAACCAACAAGCUUAAAUAACAUUAUUUACUUUAGUUUCUUCUGAGUAUGUUUUACUGUGAUUGUCCUCUGGUCUCUUCUGAAGUGUGUUUUCUCUAAACACUUUUAUUCUUGAGUCAGUUUUUGUGCUUUAACACUUUUGCUACUUUUAUAAAACAACACCAAUUUUUUUGAUGAUGCAAAAUGGCAUAUCAUGUUGGUUCUGUUGGUAUGGAAAAUUACAUUGAAUUAAAUGUACCUUUCCAAACCAGAGCGUCAAGCACAGAUCACUUGCUGUAGUUAUUGAAUGGUGAUCUAUCUCUUCUCUUUGUAUGUUGAAUUAUCCUCAGAUACUUCAUUUUAUUACAUGGCACAACUAAUAUCCUUUCUGAAAUUCUCUUGUAAAUAUUUUCUGUUUUAUUCAUCUCAACGUUUUUUGAAAUAAAAUAUUGUGAUUGUCUAGUA